AUGAAGGGCCAUGGACCACAGCACUGCAUCUUGGUGCAACGGUGGAUGCCAUAUUUCGACCCCUUCAAAAACCAACUAGGUCGCAUUGUUACUUGGGUUCGAUUACCUGAUAUACCCAUGCAUUGCUACAAUAGCCAUUGCAUUACCAAAGUGGGUGAGAGGAUUGGUCGACCAUUCCAGGUGGACUUGAACACACUCUUGGAUCGGAUGGACUCUAAUGCCAAAGUGGAAAGGGGAAGGUAUGCAAGGUUGUGUGUUGAACUUGAUCUGCAAAAACAACUUGUGCCCAGACUGAUCGUGGCCAACGAAGCUUUCAAUAUGGGGCAUGAAGGUCUCAAUCUUAUAUGCUUUGAAUGUGGUAUAUAUGGCCACCGAAGGGAAGUCUGCCCAUGGAAAAAAGCUACUCAACAGAACUCUGCAAGCACUAGUACAGCUGCUCCAACCCACCACCCACCGGAGAUGCAACCAGAGACGCGAACGGUAAACUCAAGACUAACGGGUAAUGACACCUUCAGUCUGUGGAUGUUUACCACGGGAUCCUCCAAAUCUCGAUUUUCAAGGAACAAAUUCCAACAAGAAGUACAAAGUGAGCCUAAACAGGGAGCAAAAGGUGUCAGGAGAGCUGAUACACCUUUGGCUAAAUCACGAUUUGCAGCGCUGGUUGCGUUGGACAAUGAAAGAACAGAUGAUAGGGAGCUAAGAAAUAGCAUAGAAGUAGUAAGUAGUCAGACUAAGAAGGAGCAGAUGCUGGUUAACUCAGGGAAAAAGAAACAAGUGACAGCUUCCUAUACAAAGAUGGCGGCAGGCACAAAAAAUGGAGGGAGCUCCAAAAUAUUAAGCAAGCCCAAGUUUCAACAAAAGGCCCAGGGCAAAAUACCUGAAAAGCCCAAAGUUAAUUCAACAAUUAAGGUAGCAGAGCAAGUGAUUUCUCAUGAAGCUAAAACCCGACAAGAAUGGGCCUUAGUGGGUCAGAAUACAAAAGAUAGAUCCAAGAACCCAAGACAACGAACUCAUGUGGUGGUCAGUGGACAAAUGGAAUGUAGAAGUAAGCCCACUAGUGCAACGACAUUGGGUAAUCCCACAGAAACCACCAAAAAUAAACAAAGACCAACAAUGCAAUAG